AUGAAGAUUUCGAAGCUGGGCCUUGUUCUUUUGACGAGUACGUGCAGCCACGCGUUCAUUCUCGACAAGUCUUGCGGCGAUGCCAAAGGAAAUCUCGCAAUGCGUGUGAAAAAGUCCGUGAGAGAAGCGAAGCUGGCACUUGCAAAUGCAGCUGAGGUUGCAGAACAAUGCGAAGCCGAUUGCAGUCUUCAGUCAGCGGUUGACGACCAAAUUUUGGCAGAGGUAAAACAAUGGUGUGGUGAUGGUGGUGAUAUCGAACGACGGAAAGCCAGUAACAGCCUGCUUGUGAAAUUCCUCGGGGAUGAAUCUGCGGAUACUUGGAGCAAAGUCCACUCGGCCACGAGCAAGGCGAAAGAAGUCCUUAAAACCUCUUCAGACCAGUCCGACAAUGCGAAAAUCUAUUGUGGCGACUCGUCAUUCGUUAGGCAGGCCGGACUAUGGAAGGACGAAGACUCAGAGUACGCGGACAUUGCUUGGACUGCCGAUAAAACUUCGCCUCAAAGGCCAUGCGAAAAGGUCAUCGGCCUUGGCCUUUACCAGACGGGAGCAACGCAUAAAGGAAUACUCCUCUGCAAUUACAAGGACAUGCUCGAUACCAAGACCAGCCAUACGGUUGCGGGAAACUACUUCAGCUAUAGCAAUCUGUUGGACAGCACCACCGACGUCCCUAUCGCAGCUUUUGCGGACAAAAUCAGCUCAGUAUUAAUUCACGAGAUGAUUCAUUUGGGCGACAUGCAGCAAUGUAAGAGUUUUGAGAGUCCCACAAACGUCUAUGCUGAUAUCCCAUGA